AUGUGGUUUACUGGGAAGUGUCCUCUGUGCUCCGGAAGCUCUCACUCUGGUCUGGAGAAGUGCGAGCAGUUCCGGAAGCUGUCGGUUACCCAACGUCGAUCUGCUGCUAACUCUUGCAAGGUCUGCUGCAUUUGCCUGAAGUUCGACCAUGCGAGGAGGAACUGCAAGUCCGACAAGAAGUAUUCCAUCUGCAAGAAGAACCACCAUGAACUGGUCCACACCGACGAACCUGCAAGGAACUCGAGGAUCAGUCGUACGGACGCGGCGAGUGGUGACGAUAAUGUCUGCAACUUCAACGGCAAGAACAUGAACACGCUGCUCCGAGUUGGAAAAGUUAAGAUUCGUGAUCCACAAGGCGUCGCUGAAGUAUUUGCGCUUUUCGAUGAAGGUUCGUCUCUCUCGAUGAUGGAUGCAGCUGUGGCGGAGAGUCUCGGAUUGCGGGGACCGAUUGCUCCUGUGACCUACCGCUGGACAAAUGGGAUCCUGCACAAAGAGGAACAGUCGAUGAUGCUCUCGUUCCGAAUUUCUGGACCUUCCGAUCAAGCGAAGCGGUACGACGUGAACAAUAUCCAGACGGUGACAAACAUCGCCCUGCCGGCGGUGAAGUUCGACAUGGCGAGAGUAAAGCAGCUGUACCCCAUGUUCGAUGAAGAGAAGCUGGCUGUGAUCCAAGAUGCCUGUCCCUGUAUGCUGAUUGGAUCGAACAACGCAGGUCUGAUUGUGCCUCUGAAGACGGUGCAAUACUCAUUGGAUGGCUUGCAGCUGACUCGAUGCCACCUUGGAUGGACAAUCCAUGGAGUAGUGGACCCAGCCGGCGCCGGAUCUAGCAAUAAUCAUGCGUUCCUGUGCUCCGAAGACGACGACAUCGAGCUUACAGAUCUGGUGAAACAGAUGUACAAGGUUGAAGAUUUCGGGAUCUCUGGCCAGUCGGUGAAAAUAGCCGACGAAGAUCAACGAGCACUGGACAUCAUGCACCGUACCAUUACACGGCGUGGUGAUCGUUUCGAGGUUGGCCAGAUAUACAGAUACAACAACUUCGUCUUCCCGGAUAGCAAGCCUCAAGCCCUACGACGUCUCCAGAUCAUGGAAAAGAAGAUGGACUCGAAUCCUGAUUUCGCUGAUCGGUACUGCAGGAAGAUCCAGGACUACGUCGACAAAGGAUACGCUAUAGCGGAAUUGGAACCUGAUGAGCUAACUGAAACUCCGAACACCUGGUACCUGCCGCAUUUCAGCGUGGCGACUGAUGAGAAGUUCCGCUUGGUGAUGGACGCCAAGGCAAAGUCGCACGGUUUUUCCCUGAACGAUCUGCUACUGAAGGGUCCGGAUUUCGUCCCUCCGCUGAUCGCGGUCCUGAUACGGGCCCGAAUGAAAAAGAUUGCCUUCGUUGCGGACAUACGGGAAAUGUUCCAUCAAGUCCUCAUCCGCAGAGAAGAUCAGGACUCCCAGCGAUUUCUUUGGCGUGGCAUGAAUCGCACGGACCCUCCUAACGAGUACGUUAUGCAGGUGAUGAUAUUCGGCGCAGUGUCGUCCCCGUCGAUGGCACAGUUCAUCAAAAACUUCAAUGCGAAGGAGGUAGAAGAAAAGCACCCCGGCGUCGAGCGAGCUGUCGUGAAGCAGCACUAUGUCGACGACUACUUCGACUGCGCGGACACUGAACAAGAAGCCAUCGAACUGGUUCAGCGUGUCAUUAAGGUGCACGAUCAAGGCGGAUUCAAGCUAGUGAAGUUCUCGUCGAACUCCCGUGCCGUAUUGGCAUCCCUCGAUCCGGAAAUCGUCGCGGACAAGGAAAGCGACGUUCGUGUCCUCGGAAUCGAGUGGGACCUGCAGUCCGACGAAUUCGUCUUCCCGCUAGACUUCCCAAAACUGGAUCAGCGAUUCCGGACAGCUGAAGCCAUGCCCACGAAGCGGCAACUGCUGAAAUUCAUGAUGGGUAUCUUCGAUCCACUGUGCUUGCUCAGUCCGAUCACGAUUCAGCUGAAGAUCAUCUUUCAAGAGCUGUGGCGACUGCAGUCGGGAUGGGACGAUGAGAUUCCUGAUGGUCUGGUGCCGAGAUGGAUGGAAUGGCUGAACGAAACUGCAAGACUGGGAGAAAUUCGAAUACCGCGGUACUACCAUCCGGCGGUGCCAUCCUUCAGUGAUGUUGAACUACACGCUUUCUGCGACGCGAGUGACAAGGCUUAG